UCUUUUCCUUAUUCCUCUGCACGUUCACUCCUUUUGCAUUUGCGAAAAAAAUAUAAGGAGGGAAGAAGGGUUCUUUGCCUUCUUUUCCUAAAGCUUCCCUCCUCUGCUUUGCACCAACAAAGUAUCAUCAUUCUUACACAUCCCCUCUCUCUUGCUCUCUUGGAAAACCCACUAUUGCUUUCUCUGCCGCUCUCACUCUCAUUCUUUCAAACGUGUUCCAGAAGAGUUGCUUCUUCAAUGGAGACCAACCCAAUUCAUCUAAUCUACCAUGUCUUUUUCAUCCUCAUUGGACUUGUCUCUGUUUCCACAGCCGAACAGAGCACUUCCUCCAUGAAAACGGAUGCAGAAGCCCUGAUCUUGUUCAAGAAAAUGAUCCAGAAGGACCCAAAUGGAGUGCUAUCUGGGUGGCGGCUCAAUCAGAAUCUUUGCACUUGGUAUGGAGUCACAUGUUACUCAGGGAGGGUCACUCAACUUGAUCUUAGCGGCCAGAGUCUUGAAGGGACGAUGUCUUUCGACCCUCUGAGGUCCUUAGAUAUGUUAACUGCACUCAAUCUGUCAUCAAACUCCUUCGCUAUCAAUUCAACCUCCUUGCUUCAGCUCCCCUAUGGUUUGAAACAUCUUGACCUUUCUUUUGCAGGCCUCCUUGGCCUGGUCCCUGAGAAUUUCUUUUCCAAGUGCCCCAAUCUCAUCGAUGUCAACCUAGCUUUCAAUAAUUUAACAAGCUCGUUGCCCGAGAAUUUCUUUACAAAUGCUGAUAAGCUUCAGGUUCUCGACCUGUCUUAUAACAAUCUAACCGGAUCAAUUUCAGGACUGAAGAUCGAGAAUUCUUGUGGUUCUCUAUUGCAACUUGAUCUUUCCAGCAACCAGUUCAACGAGUCCAUUCCAAGCUCCUUUUCAAACUGCACCAGCCUCCAGACAAUGAAUUUAGAAAACAACAUGUUCACUGGAGAGAUUCCUCGCUCAUUUGGGCGACUUGCUAGCUUGCAAAAACUCGAUCUCUCUCACAACCAUCUUACAGGGUGGAUUCCUUAUGAGCUGGGAAACGCAUGCAACUCGCUACUCGAGCUCACACUUUCCUUUAACAACAUCUCGGGGCCAAUUCCAUCAUCUUUCUCAUCAUGUUCAUGGUUGCAGAGCAUUGAUUUGUCUAACAACAACAUAUCAGGCCCCUUUCCAGAUUCUAUCCUUCGGAAUCUUGGUUCCCUCGAGAGUUUGCUAUUGAGCAACAACAUCAUCGCAGGGCCAUUUCCUGCUUCCCUCUCAUACUGCAAAAAGCUGAGAGUCAUAGAUUUCAGUUCCAACAAGUUUUCAGGUAUCAUACCACCUGAUUUAUGUCCCGGAGCCGCCUCGCUCGAGGAGCUAAGAGUUCCCGACAAUCUCAUCACCGGAAAAAUCCCACCUCAAUUAUCUCAAUGCUCACAGCUCAAGAAGAUUGAUUUCAGCUUGAACUAUCUAGCUGGCUCAAUUCCAGCGGAGAUUGGGAUGCUUGAGAAUCUGGAGCAGCUAAUUGCGUGGUUUAACGGCCUGGAAGGCGAAAUCCCACCAGAAUUAGGAAAAUGUAAGAACUUGAAGAAUCUCAUCCUUAACAAUAAUCAUCUUAAGGGUGAAAUCCCAACAGAGCUGUUCAACUGCAGCAAUCUUGAAUGGAUAUCACUCACAAGCAAUGAACUGACCGGUGAAAUCCCACGUGAGGUCACGCUUUUGUCAAGAUUGGCCGUUCUGCAGCUGGGGAAUAACAGUUUGAGUGGUCAGAUCCCAUGGGAGCUGGGAAAUUGCAGUAGCUUGGUGUGGUUAGACUUGAACAGCAACAAAUUAACAGGAGAAAUACCGCCACGCCUGGGGAGGCAGCUCGGAGCAAAAGCUUUGACUGGUAUUCUUUCUGGAAACACCCUCGUAUUCGUAAGAAACGUGGGCAAUACAUGCAAAGGUGUUGGAGGUCUGCUGGAAUUCGCCGGGAUUAGACCUGAAAGGUUGUUGCAAGUGCCGACCUUGAGAAAUUGCGACUUCACAAGAAUGUACUCAGGUCCAAUCCUGAGCAUGUUCACAAGAUACCAGACAGUGGAAUACCUGGACCUUUCUUACAACCAGCUCCGAGGGAAGAUCCCAGAAGAGUUUGGGGACAUGUUAGCUCUGCAGGUUCUUGAGUUGUCGCACAAUCAGCUAUCUGGAGAAAUUCCUUCAUCGCUUGGCAGACUAAAGGAUUUAGGGGUGUUUGACGCAUCACACAAUCGACUGCAAGGCCAGAUUCCUGAUUCCUUCUCAAACUUAUCUUUCCUGGUCCAGAUAGAUCUUUCCUACAAUGAUUUAACAGGGCAAAUCCCACAGAGAGGGCAACUAAGUACACUUCCUGCUAGCCAGUUCGAACACAAUCCAGGACUUUGUGGGGUUCCGUUACCUGAAUGUCAGAAUAACGAACCAGAAACAAACCCAGAUGGGGGCGUCGGCACAAAAGGAAGAGCGAAGCCAGGGACUGCAUCGUGGGCUAAUAGCAUCGUCCUCGGAACUCUACUUUCCGUUGCUUCCAUCUGUAUUUUGACUGUAUGGGGGGUAGCAAUGCGUGCAAGACGAAAAGAGGCAGAGGAAGUGAAGAUGCUGAAAAGCUUACAAGCAGCACAUGCAGCCACAACAUGGAAAAUUGACAAGGAGAAAGAGCCACUGAGCAUCAAUGUCGCAACCUUCCAGAGACAGCUGAGGAAGCUGAAGUUCUCCCAGCUAAUAGAAGCCACAAAUGGCUUCUCGGCAGCAAGCCUCAUUGGUUGCGGCGGGUUCGGCGAAGUGUUCAAGGCUACGUUGAAAGAUGGCUCAAAAGUUGCGAUAAAAAAACUCAUAAGAUUGAGUUACCAGGGCGACAGAGAAUUCAUGGCUGAGAUGGAGACAUUGGGGAAAAUCAAACACAAAAAUCUAGUGCCUCUUUUGGGUUACUGCAAGGUGGGAGAGGAGAGGCUAUUAGUAUACGAGUUUAUGGAAUACGGUAGCCUAGAAGAGAUGCUUCACGGGAGAGUCAAAACUCAAGAUCGGAGAAUACUUACAUGGGAGGAAAGGAAAAAGAUAGCACGAGGGGCUGCGAAAGGACUGUGCUUCCUACACCAUAACUGCAUCCCCCACAUCAUACACCGGGACAUGAAAUCAAGCAACGUAUUGUUGGACCGAGAUAUGGAAGCAAGAGUUUCUGAUUUCGGAAUGGCCCGGCUUAUAAGUGCUCUCGACACGCAUCUAAGUGUAAGCACGCUAGCCGGCACACCAGGUUAUGUCCCACCAGAGUACUACCAAAGCUUCCGAUGCACGGCAAAAGGAGAUGUGUAUUCGUUGGGCGUCGUCCUAUUGGAACUACUGACCGGAAAGCGCCCUACCGACAAGGAGGAUUUUGGGGACACCAACUUGGUGGGGUGGGUGAAGAUGAAGGUGAGAGAAGGGAAGCAGAUGGAAGUCAUAGACCCGGGAUUGCUAUCGGCAACCAAAGUCCUGGAGGAAGCGGAAGCAGAAGCGGAAGCGGAAGUAGUGAAGGAGAUGGUGAAAUACAUGGAGAUAUCACUGCGGUGUGUGGAUGAUUUCCCUUCCAAGAGGCUAACCAUGUUGCAGGUAGUGGCCAUGUUGAGAGAGCUUGUGCCUGGCUCCACAAACGGAAGCAGCAACAGCACCUGAAACAUCACGAACUGUUAAUGUUCUCUUUCUUAUUGUUUAUGGUAAGAAGCUAGUGUCUGUAUGUUUUAUUCAUAUGUUAAGAAUUAAGAUAAGAUCUUUUAUGUAUCAAA